UCAUGUCGAAUGGAUGCGCAGGUUUGCGUUACUGGCAACUGUGCUGUACCCAUGAACUGGCGCAGUUAGUAGGUUCUCCGGUAACUGACAAGCCCAAGGCCAAUGGAGCCGUACUGGGCGGGACUCCAUCGUGCCCGCUAAGUGGGUGUGCGCUGGGACAGGGGGGAGGGAAAGCACGCAAGAGAGAGGAGCUGGCUGCUGGAGGCGAAGAUGGCGGAUGGAGACAGCGGGAGCGAGCGCGGCGGCGGAGGAGGGGGAGGCGGCGGCAGCAGCUUUCAGCACUUCCAGCGUGAGCAAGAGACCCAGGAGCUCGCCUCCAAGCGGCUUGACAUCCAGAACAAGCGCUUCUAUCUGGACGUGAAGCAGAACUCUAAGGGUCGGUUCAUCAAAAUAGCCGAGGUAGGAGCCGGCGGCUCCAAAAGUCGCCUGACCCUCUCAAUGUCCGUGGCGGCUGAGUUCCGCGACUACUUGGGGGAUUUCAUAGAGCACUACGCCCAGUUGGGGCCCAGCAGCCCUGAGCAGAUCGCGCAGUCCUCCGGGGGCGAGGACGGCGGGCCUCGGCGGGCCCUAAAAAGUGAGUUCUUGGUUCGCGAAAACAGAAAAUACUACCUCGAUCUGAAGGAGAACCAGCGAGGAAGGUUUCUUCGGAUCCGACAGACAGUUAACCGUGGGCCGGGGUUCGGAGUAGCCGGAGGCCCUGGGGUCGGCAUGCAGUCCGGCCAGACCAUCGCCCUUCCCGCACAGGGACUCAUCGAGUUCCGUGACGCUCUCGCCAAGCUCAUCGAUGACUACGGAGGGGAUGAUGAAGAGCUGGCCGGCGGCGGAGGGGCAGGCGGCUACGGCGAGCUCCCUGAGGGCACCUCAAUCAUGGUGGACUCCAAGCGGUUCUUCUUCGACGUCGGUUCCAACAAGUACGGCGUGUUCCUGCGGGUGAGCGAGGUGAAGCCCAGCUACAGGAACUCGAUUACCGUCCCCUUCAAAGCGUGGAGCAAGUUCGGGGGCGCCUUCUGCCGUUACGCGGAGGAGAUGAAAGAAAUCCAGGAGAGGCAGAGGGAUAAGAUGUACGAGCGGAGGGGAGACGAGUCUGAGGGCGACGACGUGGACGACGACUGACCGAGACCCACUUAUGGGUCCGGACAAGGGGCACGGAAAAUACAGAAAUAAGGGGGGAAAGUGCAUGACGACCCGAACAUUCAUACUAAUAUCGUGGAGUAAAUAAAGUACACAUGACUGAGAGUGUCGUAAAAAUAUUGUCUACAGAAAAAAGUUUAGGUGGAUAGCUAGUUAACUGGCUGACCUGUUAAACUUUCGUCGGUGAGACUUGUAAUCGCUUAAGAUGUUUUUAAUGGUCGCAUCUAAAAUAGCAUUUCUCCCUUUGGAACCAGCAAUCGGUUUUACAAACUAUAUAGCUAACGCAGCAGCUUAUUAUACUUUGUUUCUAUUAAAAUAUAUAUUUAUACAUUUUAAGACAUUUUCCUGGACCCAAACAAUUAGGUAGAAAAGUACUAUAAAUUAUAUAAAAUGUGACUUAUAUUUGGCAGAUUAGGGAGAGAGCAUUAGUUAAAAAUCAGCAUCCAUUACUAUUUGUAUCAAACACAUGAAUGUAUCGUAACUCCACAGUAGUGAACAGUGGCUCGAUUGGAUUCGUUUGUAAUGCAAUGAACCUGCAGAACAGCCCAGUAGUGACUGUAGGUCCCAAACUCAAAGCUCGAUGAUUUGGCGGUUUAAGUGAUACAUGUCAAUAGUACAUAAAGCACACCACUAUGUCAAACAGAUAGGAGAGGUGCAAGGACUCGGUUCAUGUCACUUUCAUGCUGGUGGGGCUGCGGUCUGAGUCUGAUUCCUAAGUAAAUGAUGCAGUGAGGCAUUGGGGUUAGACUAUCUGGGUGAGCCUGAGUCUGACUCAAGUUUAGGAUGUGGUAUGCCAUUGGGUUUAUGUCCCAGUGUGUUCAGAAGACACGCAGAAGAUCAGUGCCGAGACAGAUAGAGCACGCCGGUCCUGCAGUGACUGGGCCAUGGAUAACUCUUUGCACUUUCAUUUCGCGUGGAAUUUUUAAGAACCUGUUCCGACUGAGGAGUUUUUUUUUUUUUUUUUAUCACCUUUUCAACUGCUAUUAGAAUCAACAGCCAAUUCUGGACAUUGCUUUACACCAGUAAUCAAGCUACUUUAAAGGACAUAUUAAUUGGGUUCAUGGAACAAUUUUGUCAUACAAUGUGUUUUGGACAAAAAGCAUGGAUGGGUGAUUUUAAAAAGUAUAAAUGGGAAACGAUAAUACUUUAAAGGAAAAAAAACUGAAUUAACCAACAUAGAAUUAUUUUUAAAUAAGUACAUGGAAAAUAUAUAUGAAUAUGGGAUUCUUAAUGCUAAAGGAAAAAAAAACAUUUAUUUAAACAAAGCUGGGAUGGAGAAGAUUUGACCUGGAGGAUUUUUUUCUCUUGAAUUUAUUUCAUUUCCGGGAAAAUAUGGAUGAGUGUAGCUGCACUGUUAUUAAAGAAACAAACAAAAACAUGACUCAUACAUGCAUACAUACAUUACUUUACAUUCUUUAGUACCAUAUUACACCUUCCCUUAUCGUACAUUUACAUCCAAUCUCUAAUUACUAAACUCGUCCAAUCCUGAAGUGAGUCGCUUGCUGUUUAUUUCAAGUUAUUUUUGUUCAUUUAGGGCAACAGUGUAAACAUCCAGAUUUGUGUCCAGUGGUCCUUUUAAUAUUUUAAAUUGUGCAUGUUUGUUCCAGUUUGGAGCUGCCUUGUGUUAAUUUAUUGCAUAUUCUGAAUGAUGUAUGUUGGUAUUGAUUGACUCUGCAACAUUUUCUCUUUACUUUGUAAAGAGAAAAGUAUGUUUUGAAAAUAAGCAACAAAAAAAAAAUCAUUGUCUGGCAACAAUUUGGAGUUCUUGGCACCUUGGAUACACCAUCAAUGGCAGUUAUUAGAGAAUAGCUCUCAUUUAAUGAUCUCAAAGUCCCUAAUAAUCUGCAGCAGUCCCUUUGUACCAGCAAAUGGAAGUGUUUAGUGUUGUCUCCCACGUGUUGUCGCACUUUAAAACAUGGUUUACUGUGCUGUUGACAGUCCAUUUACCAUGGCGUGGACAUCUGCAUUAUAUUUUAGUUUUACUCUUUUCUCCCCAGCUACGGAUUUGUCAAACAUUAUGGGAGCAAUAGUGUUUUUUUUUCUUUUUUAACUACAGCUAAUGUUUAUAUAUACACGUGUAUAUAUAAUUUAUAUAUGCACACGUAUGUACUGAUUACAUCUUUAUUCCUGUACUUUGUUACGUGAAAUGGCAGCUGUUUCAUGUGUGUCCUGCUGUAAUAAUCUACCGAUUUCCUUUCAAUAAAAAAAAUCAGGAAAAGACUUAACACCUUGAGACCAAUGAGGACAAGAGCGUUUGUUAGUGGAAUUAUGCCCAAGGAGGAUGAUAGGCUACUGCCAUUUUGGAUCAAAGGCCUGCAUAUAAGGAAGGAAUGAUGUGGCUUGGCGUUGUCCUCAGUAGUAUGUUGCUGUACAUGAUAACACAAAGGUGGUCUGGGGGGUGCUAUUUAUGAAGACACUGUUAGACAUUGAGCCUUACAUGACAUCUUAGGCACAUGAGAUGGGUGAAAGGGAGUUAAAAUUAGUACAUGCUUAUUAACUGUUAUCUUACACUGAGAUAUUUAGUGCUGAUUCGGGGAACACCAUUGAAUAGCUGCUGCAGACAGAACUGGACUGUCAGGCUAGUGUUUUGGGCAUUUGACAUAACGUGUUAUUACUUAGUGAUUUGGGCUAGUAUUUUUACAUGACACUGUGUAGAGAGAUGACAGUGAGGUAUUUUGUUUUUAAAACCCAUCACCACAGAUACUGCUUUCAAAUUUUAUGUUUGUGAAAAAUGGCCAGCUGGUGGAACGUUUAGUUUUUUUCCUCCUUUUAGCUAUUAACCAUCUUUCAGUCUUGUCUAUGAAACCAGAAAUUUAAAUAAAGUCAAAAAAAAGUUU